GGUGGCGGGUAGACAGGACCACCUGGGCUCUGGGGAGCGGGCGGGGCCGCCCUUGCAGGGCGAGGGGGUCGGGUUCGGACGGUACCACCUGUGUGGAGCAAAGGGGCUGCCUGGGUCGCUCCUCUGUGUAGGGGGCAGAGGGUCACUUUCGGGAGGUACCACUUGCGUACAGCCGGGGGACUCAUCAGACGGUACCACUGGACGGAGAAAAGGGGCUGGUCUGGGCAGUCCUACCCAGAGUCAGGGGCAGUCAGCAGGGAGCCCCGGGGUGGGCCCCGAGGCUUGUUUGGGCCGCAUCGUUUGGUCAGGCCGGGUUCUGAGCUUGUUCCACCUCCCUCCCCCGGGAAUGGCGCUAUCCGGGUCGACCCCGGCCCCGUGCUGGGAGGAGGAUGAGUGCCUGGACUACUACGGGAUGCUGUCGCUUCACCGUAUGUUCGAGGUGGUGGGCGGGCAACUGACCGAGUGCGAGCUGGAGCUCCUGGCCUUUCUGCUGGAUGAGGCUCCUGGCGCCGCCGGAGGCUUAGCCCGGGCCCGCAGCGGCCUAGAGCUCCUGCUGGAGCUGGAGCGCCGCGGGCAGUGCGACGAGAGCAACCUGCGGCUGCUGGGGCAACUCCUGCGCGUGCUGGCCCGCCACGACCUGCUGCCGCACCUGGCGCGCAAGCGGCGCCGGCCAGUGUCUCCAGAACGCUAUAGCUAUGGCACCUCCAGCUCUUCAAAGAGGACAGAGGGUAGCUGCCGUCGCCGUCGGCAGUCAAGCAGUUCUGCAAAUUCUCAGCAGGGUCAGUGGGAGACAGGCUCCCCCCCAACCAAGCGGCAGCGGCGGAGUCGGGGCCGGCCCAGUGGUGGUGCCAGACGGCGGCGGAGAGGGGCCCCAGCCGCACCCCAGCAGCAGCCAGAGCCCGCCAGACCUUCCUCUGAAGGCAAAGUGACCUGUGACAUCCGGCUCCGGGUUCGAGCAGAGUACUGCGAGCAUGGGCCAGCCUUGGAGCAGGGCGUGGCAUCCCGGCGGCCCCAGGCGCUGGCGCGGCAGCUGGACGUGUUUGGGCAGGCCACCGCAGUGCUGCGCUCAAGGGACCUGGGCUCCGUGGUUUGUGACAUCAAGUUCUCAGAGCUCUCCUAUCUGGACGCCUUCUGGGGCGACUACCUGAGUGGCGCCCUGCUGCAGGCCCUGCGGGGCGUGUUCCUGACUGAGGCCCUGCGAGAGGCUGUGGGCCGGGAGGCUGUUCGCCUGCUGGUCAGUGUGGAUGAGGCUGACUAUGAGGCUGGCCGGCGCCGCCUGUUGCUGAUGGAGGAGGAAGGGGGGCGGCGCCCGACAGAGGCCUCCUGAUCCAGGACUGGCAGGAUUGAUCCCACCUCCAAGUCUCCAGGCCACCUUCUCCUGGGAGGACGACCAUCUCUACCCCUAGAGGACUGUCACUCUAGCAUCUUUGAGGACUGCCACAGGACCAGGACAGCAGGCCCCUUGACAGCCCCUCCCACAGGAUGUGGGCUCUGAGGCCUAAACCAUUUCCAGCUGAGUUUCCUUCCCAGACUCCUCCUACCCCCAGGUGUGCCCCCUUAGCCUCUGGAGGCGGGGGCUGGGCCUGUAUCUCAGAAGGGAGGGGCACAGCUACACACUCACCAAAGGCCCCCCUGCACAUUGCAUCUCUGAUCUUGGGCUGUCUGCACUCUCACAGGUGCACACACUCACUCAUGCUCACACUGCCCCUGCUGAGAUCUUCCCUGGGCCUCUGCCCUGGCCUGCUUCCCAGCACACACUUCUUUGGCCUAAGGGCUUCUCUCUCAGGACCUCUAAUUUGACCACACCCAACCUGGGCUUCAGCCACAUCAGUGGGCACUGGAGCUGGGGUGCACAUGGGGCCUGCUCACCUUGCCCACACAUCUUCAGCCAGCCAGGGCCCUGCCCAGCUUCAAUUUACAGACCUGACUCUCCUCACCUUCCCCCCUGCUGUCCAGAGCUGAACAUAGACUUGCACUUGGAUGUCACCUGGAGUGUCACAUGGGAGUGUUAUGGCAGCAUCAUACCAAGGCCUACUGUUGCACAUGGGGCCAAAACCAGUAAACAGCCACCUUCUUGGAAAGGGAAUGCAUAGGCUUUGGGGGUGAUGGAAAAGACCUUUUACAAAUGAUACCAAUUAAACUGCCCUGGGAAGGGCAUAGGUGGGCA